CGAUGGAGUUUUGGCAAUAACUAUAAUGGAUCGAUUAGGAGAUUCCUAAUUUAAUGCAAAAUAUUAUAUUUUAGAAAAACAUCUAAUGGGAUUUUAUAUUUUAGAAGAACAUAUCGAUAAGGAGAUUCCCAUUUGAUAUUAUUCUAAAACCUAAACGUUAAAAAACCAAAUAUACACGCAUAACAACUGAAUACACCGAUACAUUUCCGUCAGCAGAACCACGCAUUCAGUUCCCUUAUUAUUCUUCGUCUUCAACGUAAUUGCCCUUUUCUUAUCAGCUAAGCAUAUUCAAUUAGCGUGCUUAAUCUGCGAUCAGGUGAGUUUCCAAAUGGCGGAGAAUGUGAAAGGAUCGAAGCUUCCCAUGGAAGGAAAGCGUAACAUCCUUAUCACAAGUGCCUUGCCUUACGUUAAUAAUGUUCCUCACCUCGGCAAUAUCAUCGGAUGUGUGUUAAGUGCUGAUGUGUUUGCUCGGUACUGUCGACUUCGGGGUUACAAUGCUAUUUACAUUUGUGGCACUGAUGAGUAUGGAACAGCCACAGAAACUAAAGCCAUGGAAGAAAAUUGCUCCCCCAAAGAAAUUUGUGACAAAUACCAUGCUAUUCACAAGGAGGUCUACAAUUGGUUCAAUAUAAGUUUUGAUGAAUUUGGGCGGACGUCAUGCCCUCAGCAAACUGAAGUUUGUCAUGCAAUUUUUAAAAGUAUAUAUGACAAGUGGCUCUCCGAGAACACAAUACAGCAGCUUUACUGCGACAGUUGUGAAAGAUUCUUAGCUGAUAGGCUUGUGGAGGGUACCUGCCCGACUCAGGGGUGCAAAUAUGAUUCUGCUCGAGGAGACCAAUGUGAGAAAUGUGGAAAGCUUCUAAAUCCGACAGAAUUGAAAAAUCCCAGAUGCAAGGUUUGUGAGAAACCUCCUCGUAUUCGCGAUACAGACCACUUGUUUCUUGAACUCCCCUUAUUGAAAGAUAGAUUGGAAAAAUACAUCAGUGAGAUGUCCGUGGUCGGUGGAUGGAGUCAGAAUGCUAUCCAAACAACAAAUUCGUGGCUUAGAGAAGGAUUAAGGUCCCGUUGUAUUACAAGGGAUCUAAAGUGGGGGGUUUCUGUUCCACAUGAAAAAUACAGCGACAAGGUUUUCUAUGUUUGGUUUGAUGCUCCUAUUGGAUAUGUCUCAAUUACUUCGUGCUACACACGUGAUUGGGAGAAAUGGUGGAAAAAUCCAGAGAAUGUGGAGUUGUAUCAAUUUAUGGGCAAGGACAAUGUGCCAUUUCAUACAGUGAUGUUUCCAUCUACUCUACUUGCAACCGGUGAAAAUUGGACUUUAAUGAAGACUAUUAGCGUUACUGAAUACUUGAAUUAUGAAGCAGGGAAGUUUUCUAAGAGCAAAGGUAUCGGGGUAUUUGGUAAUGAUGUGAAAGAUACUAACAUUCCAGUUGAAGUAUGGAGAUAUUACUUACUCACAAAUAGGCCUGAGGUAUCAGAUACAUUAUUUACAUGGCCUGACUUGCAAGCUAAAUUAAACAGUGAGUUGCUGAAUAAUUUGGGCAACUUCAUUCACCGGGUUUUGAGUUUUAUUGCCAAGCCUGCAGGUCGAGGAUAUGAUUCUGUUAUUCCCUCUAUUCCUGAUGAUGUAAGUGGCGAAUCCCAUAUUCAGACCAAAAUAUUUGCUGAUAAAGUUGUGGCAUAUAUAGACCAAUACAUAGAAGCAAUGGAGAAGGUUAAACUUAAGCAAGGAUUGAAAACUGCAAUGAGCAUAUCCAGCGAAGGAAAUGCAUAUCUGCAGGAAGCUGAAUUCUGGCGCCUUUACAAGGAAAAUAGACCUCUUUGCUCCCUUGUCAUGAAAACUGCAGUUGGGAUUGUGUAUCUUCUUGCUUGUUUGUUAGAACCUUUUAUCCCAUCUUUCACUCGUGAAGUAUUUAAGCAGCUAAAUUUGCCUGCGGUGACACAUGUCUCACUUUGUCAAGACAAAGGAGAUAUUGAUAGGGUAAAAAGACCCUGGGAUAUCAUAAGUGCUGGUCAUAAAAUUGGAACACCCGAGCCAUUGUUCAGGGAACUUAAAGAUGAAGAAGUGGAGUUCUAUAGGAAGAAGUUUGCAGGAAGUCAAGCUGAUAGGACUGUGCGGGCAGAGGCCGAAGCUGAAAAUGUUGCUGGGCAGUUGAAGAAAACGAAACUUUCAAUAAUUGGAAAAGAGGAAAUUAGUCUUAACCCCUAGAGAAAAACAGAUAUAUUCUUGCUUCUUUAGUUCCGUGAUGGACAUAUAUCCAGCUAGUUAAACUUAUACUUUGAGGAAUAAAUCAAUAACCGUUCUUAUAAGACAUAAGUGGAAGCAGUUUGUAAUUUUUAAUGAAGUGAUUUGGAAGUUGAAUUUUAA